ACUAUACAUACAUACUUUUUUGAUACACCUGGGUCUGAUCACGUGAGCGAGUGCGUUUCGUUUACGUCUCCCAUUGGUCAGUGCAGGUCACGUGCCAAAUACUCCCAAAUUUACCACAACAAAACCAAACAAAUCUAAUAAACUUUACACAACUGAUGUUAAAUGGAGAUUUAUGUUUUAGCUCACUCUUAUUAAAGUAUUUUAUUUUAUAAUUUAGUUUUUUUUACCAGUCUCCUACAUUGUACCAUCAAGGUUCAUUCUUGACUUUUGGAAAUAACAGUGUGACAAAACAAUCAAGCAGCACUUACUUGGCUUCUUAUGAAGAUUUCGGCAGACUGCAGUGCGCAUGCGCGUGAGUGUGACGGGAAUUUUUUAUUUUUUUCAUUUUAAUCUGCGCAGCUGCUGCAGUUGUAGUUUUUUGGUUUGAAAGGAAAAGUGAAUCAAGUUACCAGACAGAGAGAAUCAUCUGGAUCAUACUCACUACAUUUAUUCUCUCUCUCUCUCUCUCUCUCUCUCUCUCUCUCGGACUCAGAUUAUCUCCAUCCUCCUGCCGCUGAGAUGUCGACUCCAGAAGCAGGUACUGCCGGGGCCCCCGCGGGUGAGGGGGGCCCUCCGGCUGCCCCGAACCUCACCAGCAACAGACGACUGCAGCAGACACAAGCGCAGGUGGACGAGGUGGUGGACAUCAUGCGCGUGAACGUGGACAAAGUCCUGGAGAGGGACCAGAAGCUGUCGGAGCUGGACGACCGGGCCGACGCCCUGCAGGCCGGAGCCUCGCAGUUCGAGAGCAGCGCCGCCAAACUCAAGAACAAGUACUGGUGGAAAAACUGCAAGAUGAUGAUCAUCAUGGCGGUCGUAGGUCUUAUAUGUUUUGGAGUCAUUUUCUUGUAUUUCUUCUACUGAGCUGGUCUUCAGGGACGGACACAGUCGCAGGACGAGUCUGCACCAACGCCGGCCGAGCCGCAAAAAUAAAACCAGCUUCUCCACCUGCUCCUCGAUCUCCUCCUCGGUCUGUAAUGUGCUCCACUGCCUCCUCUUUGCCAUCCCGGCUCUUCUCGAGAAAACGUCUAACCAGGAGUCCCGAGUGGAUGUAAUGUGUUUUUUUUUGUGUCGACUGAAUUGGGAAAGUUGAUAGAAGAAAAGUAAAAAGAUUUAUUUGCUGAAUAAAAAUCACGUUUAAACAUGUUUUGCUUGAGACAGGAAGCAUCUUCUUCUCGUACAUGUUCAAUAGGGAGAAACAUAUUCCAUCUCCUCCAGUUAAAGAGACAGGAAGUGAUCUGUGACCUGAUCUUUAUGUACUUCCAGUACAAACGGCAAACCUCUGCUGGUCUCCAUCUCCUCAUUGACACAUAAGCAGAAGGAAUUAAACAUACAACAUAAAAGUAUAAACGACAGUUAUGAAAGUUUCUGCAGAUUUUUGGUUCCUAAACAAACCAAAACAGAGUUUAAGGGAUCUUGAAAAAUAAAAACCGUUUCACAGAGGUGAAACAAAAUGACUUCACAGAGGUUGACCGUUUGUCAAAAGAAGAUUUUAGCAGAUUAGGACAAUGAAUGUGUACCAACACUACUCGGGUUCUAAGCCGAUCGUCACAGUGAACAUUUUGUUGCUCGCGUUUGUUUUAAAGGACUAAAAGUGAACAGCUUUUUAAACCAGAGUUAAAGGAUUCCUGCUUUCUCUUUGUUCCUCUUUGUCCAGCCGUGUUGUACUCGUACAGGUCUGUUCAUGAAAGCUGCCCCCUAGCGGUCAGCGUCGGUACUGCUGCUGAUGUAUUUACACUUUGGGCAAAAGCGACGGAAACAAUUUAGAGUUUUUAUCGUCUCGUGAUCCGAUCCGACUCGUGUUGUGUUUGAAUGUUUCCGUGUUCUGAACUUGAUCGAAUGUGACUCAUCUGUA